GGUUUACGGAGCGGAGUAGAGCCCGGAGUCGGGAUUCGGUUUAUUUGUGGUCGUUUGGAAAUAAGAAAAAUAAAGAUGACCGAAAAUGUUGAGGAUGAAUCAUUGUUUGUAUGGUGUGAUGACUGUGGCCAGUACCAUGACUCGGAGUGUCCGGACCUGGGACCUGUUGUAAAAGUAAAGGAUUCAUUUGUCUUGAGCAGAGCAAGAUCAUCUUUGCCAGAUAGCCUGGAAAUAAAGAAGAUUAGUCAUGAAGUGGAAGGAGUCUUUGUGUUGACUCAGCUUGUAAAACGAACACAGUUUGGACCCUUUGAAGCCAAGAGAGUAGCAAAGCUGGAAAAGGAAAUGACAUUCUCCUUAAAGAUUUUCCAAAAGGAUGGCCUUGUUGUUUCUUUUGACACUAGUAAUGAAGAUGACUGCAAUUGGAUGAUGCUUGUUCGACCAGCAACAGAUUACAAACAUCAGAACUUGACUGCUUAUCAGCAAGACAAUGAUAUCUAUUUUACAACAUCUCAGGAUAUCCAGCCUGGUGCAGAGCUGCGUGUCUGGUAUGGAGCAUUUUAUGCAAAAAGGAUGGAAAAGCCACUCUUGAAACCCACUGUCACACCAUUAACUGCAGAAACUGGAACCUCACCUUUAAAGCAUGAAUUAGCUGGGGAAGAUAUGGAGAGAUCCACAGCAGCUUUGAACAACACUAUCAGCGAUACUCCUGCUGAUGUACAAACUAGCAGUGUUGUCCAAGAAGUUGAAUGUAACCAGUGGGCAUGCAAAGUGUGUUCCUGUAUUUUCCAGGAGCCUCAACUUCUUACUGAUCAUCUUUUGAGCCAUUUGGAGGAAGUUAAAGGUGUCUGCCAACCAGUAAAUGAAGUAGUACCUGAGCCUCAACAGGUUGUGGAAGCACCUAAUGUGACCAUCACUUCUGAAGCUGCAAACUGUUCGACUAGUCCAAAAAAAAAGAGUGGGAGAAUACGAAAGCCUAAAGUGCCCAAAAUACCAUCUGCACCUGUUUCGGUAGAGAGAAUUGAAACUGAGAGUACAGAUAAUGCUUCAGCAGUUGGUGUGGAUCAGAUUCUUACUGUAGUUCCAGUAGAUAAUGCAGUGCCAGUGCUCCAGCAGCCAGAGAUUACAAUGGGGCUUGAAAAUUCAUCAGGAAGACUCCAAAGAGUUAGCCGUACAUUGUUGCCUGCUACUAAAAGUGGCCUUCACAAGAAGUAUAUGAAACGUGGUGGGGAACAUAAGCGAGUUUAUCAGUGUACCCUGUGCAAUAAAGUCUUUCAAAAUAGCAGUAACCUCAACAGACAUAUUCGCUCACAUGGUGACAAGCUAUUCAAAUGUGAUGAAUGUGACAAGAUGUUUAGUCGCAAAGAAAGCCUGAAGCAGCAUAUCUCUUAUAAACACAGUAAAACUGAGGUUGACUUGGACUAUAGGUUCAAAUGUGUUAUAUGUGAGAAGGCGUUUAGAGUGGAAAGUGCUCUUAAGUUCCACAAUUGUAGAACAGAUGACAAAACAUUUCAGUGUGAGAUUUGUUCUAGAUUUUUCUCUACAAAUAGCAACCUUUCCAAGCAUAAGAAAAAGCACGGAGAAAAAAUGUAUGCUUGCGAGAUCUGCAAUAAAAUGUUUUACAGAAAGGAUGUUAUGCAAGACCAUCAAAGGAGGCAUAUUGUGGGUCCAAAACAUAUGAAAAGGGAAGAACUUGAAGCAAAUGGCGAAGAAGUUAGUAAAUACAGGAAAGAGCCUUCAGCCUGUCCUGUAUGUGGAAAGGUAUUUUCGUGCAGGAGUAACAUGAACAAACAUCUCUUAACUCAUGGAGAUAAAAAAUACACUUGUGAGAUUUGUGGUCGUAAGUUCUACCGCGUGGAUGUGUUACGGGAUCAUAUUCAUGUGCAUUUUAAGGAUAUUGCUCUUAUGGAUGAACAACAAAGAGAGGAGUUCAUUGGCAAAAUUGGCAUUUCAGUUGAUGAUGAUGAUGAAGACAAUUUUGAAGAAGAUAAAGAGGAUGAUGAAGUAGAGAUUCAUAAGUACAGCUGCAAAAGAUGUCAGGUAACCUUUGCUAAAGGGAAAGAUUAUUUGAAGCAUAUUAUGGAACUUCACAAGGAGAAAGGAUAUGGCUGCAAUAUCUGUAAUCGGAGGUUUGCUUUAAAAGCCACCUACAAUGCCCAUAUGGUGAUACACAGGGAGAAUCUUCCUGAUCCUAAUGUGCAGCGGUAUAUUCAUCCUUGUGAAAUCUGCGGAAGAAUUUUUAACAGUAUAGGUAACUUGGAAAGGCAUAAAAUAAUACACACAGGUGUGAAGAGUCAUGGCUGCGAACAGUGUGGUAAAUCAUUUGCAAGAAAAGACAUGUUAAAAGAACACCUGCGAGUCCACGAUAAUAUCAGAGAUUAUCUGUGUGCAGAAUGUGGAAAAGGAAUGAAGACAAAACAUGCUUUACGCCAUCACAUGAAGCUGCAUAAAGGGAUAAAAGAAUAUGAGUGCAAGGAAUGUAACCGUAAAUUUGCACAAAAGGUCAACAUGCUCAAGCAUUAUAAACGCCACACUGGAAUAAAAGACUUCAUGUGUGAACUAUGUGGAAAGACGUUUAGUGAGAGAAAUACAAUGGAAACACACAAACUGAUUCACACAAUUGGGAAGACUUGGACAUGCUCUGUUUGUGACAAGAAAUAUGUAACUGAAUAUAUGCUACAAAAACACAUACAACUAACUCAUGAAAAGGUUGAGGCCCAAAGCUGCCACUUGUGUGGAACAAAGGUGUCUACAAGGGCUUCAAUGAAUCGCCAUAUAAGAAGGAAACAUCCUGAGGUAAUUUCAGUGAGAAUUGAUGAGAUAACAGAGCUUCAAGAAAGUACAACUAUUGAUGCCUCCACCAUUAGCAUUGUGCAGCCCCAGCACACCUUAGAAAAGAUUCCUCUGCAUGGCCAAAAGCAGAUAAGAACCCCAAAAUCACAUAAAAAGAAGCAAAAGACUACAGAGGAAAGUGGGAUCUCUGUGCCUGAGGAGGCCGUGCUGACAGUUCCAGAAGACACUUCAUACACCCAGUACACAGAGAAGGAGACUACCUUUACUGGAGCAGUUGGCGAUGAGACCAAUUCAGCUGUGCAAAGCAUUCAGCAGGUUGUGGUAACCUUAGCAGAUCCGAUUGUAACCACUGCAUCCUCAAGUUCUGUGGGUCUUACUAAUAUUGCAGUCACUCCAAUUACUACUCCAGCUGGCACACAGUUUACCAGCUUGCAGCCUGUGGCUGUGAGCCAUCUUACGUCAGCAGAUCGUCAGAUCACCCUGGAUAACUCCAUCUUAACGGUGACAUUUGAUACUGUAAGUGGGUCGGCCAUGCUACACAACAGACCAGCUGAUCUUCAACUGCCUUCCCAACAGGAGGCUGGUGUUCCAUCCCAAACAGUGGCUCAUUUUAUCAACUUGGCAACAUUUGUGAACCCUUUGAGCAGUCAGCUCACAGAACAGCCUGCUCUUACUUGGAGGCCAGUCACACCAUCUGAGGGAAGUCCUCACACACCACUGCAGCCCCAAACCCAAGAUGUUGUUCAGCCUGCACCACCAGAUGUGCAACAGCAGACACAGCCUCAACAGCAGCAGCAACAGCAGCAGCAGAUGUUUGGUUAUUAAGGUCUUUCUUUACGUUCUUGGAUAGAUCCAAUUAUGUUUGAAAGUAAAACUGAAAAUGAUGAUGGUGAUAAAUUGAGGCUUUGUAGUGAUUGAGAUUUAGGAAAAUAUGAAGCAGAUGCAGUAACAUUUCACUUUUCAAUCAGAGUAUUUACACAGAUUAAACAAAAACGUACUGUAGGAUCAGUGUUUUAGUGUGACGGAUUAGACACACUAGUUUUUCUUAGGUGACUAAUUUCAACUCAUUCCUAAAAUUGUUUCAAUAUGCAUAUAUUUACAUAAUUAAUAAUGGUUUUGAAACCAUUGUUUUUUAUGAGUUAAUUAUGUCUGAAGCUGCUGGUUUAUUUCUGAUCCUGCUUGCUGGCCCUGGACAAAAAUGUUAUGGUAGUUUCAUGAUUUAAGAUUUUUUUUCAGAAAUUUUAGGAAUCAAGGUUUAAUUUCUUCCAUUUAAAGGUUUAAACUUUAUUAAAACCAAUCGAAAACAUUUGUCCUUCAAAAUUCUGGUUUAUGUUCAGUUGGCAUACGUAGAACUUUAAUAAAUUAAAAUUAAAGGCAAUGAGUAACUUUUAAUAAUUCACUGAGGCAGCAUUACAUGAUGAAUGUAGUGUAAUUUCUAAAAUACCUGUCAGUAAGAAUGAGGUCUUUGGCUGAUUAUUGGAUUUUUUUUUUAUUAUUUAUUUUUUUUUUUUAUUGUUUUCAUAUUUUUCCUGGGCUAUCCCAGUAAUAUUUAAUUUCAGAAAAUACUUAAAUCAAAAGAUAUUAAUGAAGCACAUGCCAGUGUAUUACCAAAUGAGAGUACUGCAAUAUAUGUAUGUGGGGAAUACAGCCUUAUAAAAAUGACCAUUUAUGUGCCCACAAAAUUUAAUGACAAUCAGGAAUAAAAAUCCUGAACACAACUGAUUCCAGCUGCUUAUUGCCAAUUCCUCGGUACAAUAUAGUGGGGUUAAUAUGCACUUCCUAUGGAACUUGGAUACAUUUGAUUAAAAAUCAGAGCUUACAACAUUAAUCAAAGAAAAUAAUGUGAGCAAGGAGUGUGUUUUUAAGAAACAGAUUUCUUUCUGUUGGGAACUCUACUGUGUACCUACACAAAUGCAACUAUAAAUGUGCAGUUUUUACUGCAAAAUGUGCAGGGAACAUGUACCUGUAUUCAUUAUACAUUGUGUAUAUAGUAGACUUAUUCUAACUGGGAAAUGAGAUGGCCACAUCAUCAGUAAUUCUGCUGUUUGUUUAGGUGUGGCAUGGAAAUAAACAAACUGUUUUUUUCUAAAGUCAAAUUUGUAAGAGUCAGUCUUAAAUAUUUCCUAGACUGCAAAAAGAAUUAGACAAACCUAACUGCUAAAGAUUUAGCAAUAAAUUAAAACAAAAGUGUACAAGGUACUGCUUUCCAAUAGUAAUAGUGCUUUUCACAAGAAUUACUGAUGACACGAUUUAAAACAAAUUUGUUUACAAAUAAUUAUGGAUUUUAAGUUAUUUAUAAAAUGAUUUACUUAUGUAAUAUAUAAAGUAGUUGUUUAUACCAUAAUUUAUCAAGAAAAUGACUACUAAAGUGAAAAAAUAAUACUGUGCCUUGAAAAAGCAUGCCCGUGGCUUUUACACAUUUGGGUAUGUUGCAACUUGAAAACAUUUAUAUAGGAUUUUUGUUAUUUAAACACACUAAUUAUGCUAGAAAGGUAGAAAGCAGAUUGAAAGGUGUGGAUUUGUUUCCAUUGUUUAAUAAAUAAACACAUUUGCUAGGUGAAAAUUCACUGCUUUUGCUAUGACACUCUAAAUUGUGUUCAGGUGUCUUUGGUUUGCUUGUAAGGUCACUCUGAAAGUUGAUUGGGCUCUGCUGCUGGUCACUUCCAUUAGUUAACAUAAUGACAAAGUACCCAUCAUACAGCAUAUAUCAGGAAAGAAGUUUCAUUAUUUACACCACAGAGUAAUAAAAAGAGAUUACUGAAAAUAUAUAUUGGAUCAGUGGGACAUUUUAGGCCGGAGUACAGUCAAAUUUGACACUUUAUAGGCACCUCUUUAAAAAUGUUCUCUUAACUGAUGAACUGGGUAACAAAGACCAAAGGUACAGUAGUAAAAAAAAAAAA